AUUACAUUGGAUAUGAUAUGUAUUCGGGGAAAUGCCUGAUAUUGAAGGAAUCAAGAAUACCAAGAACUAGGUCACAUGAUCUCGGGGUCACAUGACAAUAAAAUCCAAAAUGGCAGACGGAGGUGAGAGUGCCCCUCUCCUAAAAAAUGAAGCUAAUACUGGUUCCCCGCCAACAUAUUCAACCGAACCUGGCAGUGGAGUUACAGGGCAACCAAAUGUGACAGGAAGUGUAACUGUGACAGUUGCCCCUAUAGGUCCGGAGGAUCUGCCCCCACCAUACACCCCUGCGCCACAGGGAGGCAUCCCAACCAUCAAUUGUAAGAUUUGCCAAUCAGUGAUCAACAUAGAAGGAAAAACACAUCAGCACGUUGUGAAAUGUAAUGUCUGCAAUGAAGCUACACCAAUUAAAGCCCCACCCCCUGGAAAGAAAUAUGUGCGCUGUCCAUGUAAUUGUUUACUCAUAUGUAAGGGGACCUCACAAAGGAUUGCUUGUCCCAGAGCAGAUUGUAAAAGGAUUAUAAAUCUAGGCCCCCUUCCCAACACAGUUGCCAUGAGAUCGCCUGGGUCCAGUAGAAUUAUCUGUGCCCAUUGCGAAGAAACAUUUCUGUUCAACAUUCUGAAUAAUGCUUUAGCCAGAUGUCCUCAUUGUAGAAAAGUGUCAUCAGUUGGCCCCAAUUAUGCACGCAACAGGGCCAUCUACUAUAACAUAAUUGGGAUCAUAUUCCUUGCCCUUGGGAUUGGUGUCACAGUCGGAACAUAUGAGGCUGCUAAACAACAAGGGGGCAUAUAUGUAGCAUGGAUUGGAGCAUUCGUAAUUGGAAUAGUCAUGAUGAUCAGAGGCAUUUAUUUUGCUUGCAUGAAAGUCAGCACAGUUGAGGGACCUGCAUAAACAUUGAUGGAGUAGUCACACCUGCUGGGUAUGGCUUGCCAAGCCAGAAAGGAUUAUUACUGGAAUACAUUGAUUGAGUACUCAAUCCUGUUUGGGUAUGGCUUGCCAAUCCAGCAAUUAAUUGAAGAAGAGACGAAUCUUGAUAUUUUCAGUAAUAUCUUCAAAAGUUAUUCGAAGCAAAUUUUUGUAUUCUUAGCAUUUAGCAGGAAAUAACCAAAGUGAUGAUAAAAGAUGUAAAUGGUCCAAACAUUAGAAAGAGAAAGGAAUACAUGUAUUCACUUCAACUGAGAUGGAUUUGACAUUGUUAAAUUUAGUUUAUUUUUCUUGUAUAGAAAUAACACCAGCUGGCUGAUGAAUCUUAAUAAAUAAUUUCUGACAGGAACAAAAACAGCAUGAAACGAAUGUGAAUACAUAUGUGAAUGACAAAUUAUGUUUUCUGAACACUAAAAAAUUGAUAACAUGGAUGUGGUUUGAAUGGGUAACAAAUCAAUUUUUGAUAUUAUUCAACAGUUUAGUGAAUUAAACAAUUUUGAGAACAUUUCCCAAAAAUGGUCAGAAAAAUUGGAUUGUUGGUCCUCAAGGUGUGAAUAUUUAAAGAUGAGUACUUGAGCAUGUAAUUUUUACUGUAAAGUACAGGCACCUAUUAUCUACCAAAAAUGAACCUCACAACAUUUAGAUUUAAUUUCAUAUUCUUUAAUUAAUAUGGAAUUCAUUAUACAUGUUUUCAUAUUGUGAUGGUGUGUUCAAAAGUACAAUAAUUGUAUGCAAAACUUGUUCUAAAAGAAAUAAUCAAAGUGGUCCAGAAUG